AUGGGAUCUUCAAUAUCUAGUUCUUGGUAUGGUCAAAAGGGACUUCUCUUUCACAAACCCGCCUCUUUAUCAUCUUCAAUACGCGGAGAAACAGUGAUCCAACUUUUGAAGGACUCACUUUCUUCCACCCUCGACUUCUUCCGGCCGCUUGCUGGCCGUCUUCUUGUUGUCCCCCACGGUGGCGACGACGGCACAUCCUCCGUCUUCAUCACUUGUAACAACGCCGGAGUAAGCUUUGUUCAUGGCAUAGCAGACAACACUACAAUUACCGACAUCCUCGAACCCACUUAUGUUCCUCGGAUUGUCUCCUCCUUCUUCCCACCAGGUAAUAUCAAGAACUUUGAAGCAACUCGGGUCCCAUUAGUGGCUGUUCAAGUCACAGAGCUUGUGGAUGGCAUCUUCAUCGCUUGUUCCAUGAAUCAUUGUCUUGCUGAUGUGAAGCCAUACUGGAAUUUCUUAACGCAUGGGCUCAGAUCUCUCGAAAUGGCCUAAACCACAUGGCCCCAAAUUCGAAGCUCGCUUCAUUUGAACGGUGGUUUCCUCAUGGUAAUAUUGAGCGCCCCAUAACAAUCCCAUUCAGGAAAAUAUUGCAGCAUCAUCUUAAGGAGUCAACAGAUUCGAUCCAAUCACCUCCAUUUUCAAGGAGGAUCUUUCACCUUCAAAAGCAAAAAUUGCUAAACUCAAAGCAAAAGCUAAUUCAGAGGUACAAGAUAGUAUCAUCAGCAACAAAAUCUCCUCUUUGCAAGCUGUUCUAGGCCAUGUUUGGAGGUCUGUAAUCAGAAAUCAGAAUCUUGACCCAGAAGAGGAAGUCACAUACAGAUUCCUCAUAUCUGCUAGAUCCAAAGUCUCACACCCUCCAAUUCCAGACGACUAUUUUGGAAUCACCGUGCAAUUCACUACUGUGACGAUGAAAGUAAGGGACUUAGUGGGAGAUGGAGGCUUUGGAAAGUUUGUUUGGGAGAUG